UCCUCUCUCUUGUAACCGCCAGAGUACCCUGCAACGAAUUGAACCAACUAUUGCUAACAUACGUACCCUACGCGCCUUCUCUCUUUCCCUCCAAUUCUCCACUCUCUGCAAUUAGCUGAAUGAAUAAAGUAAGCAAAAAUUUCACUCCAAGACCUCACGUUUUCAAAAUGCUUCCCUCCUUCAAAACUCCCCUUCUCUCUCUCUUCAUCCUCUCUCUCUUACUCUCCCCUUCCGCCGCCGUACCAACCACCACUGUCGGCUUCACCUACUCCCCCGCCCCCAACUCUCCACCGCCGGAGCACGUCGUCACCGCCCUUCAGUCACUCAAAAUCCCAGCCGUACGCCUCCUUAAUCCCAGCCCUAGUUUAAUCCGAGCAUUUUCCUACUCCAACAUUUCUCUUCUCCUCACCGUCCCCAAUUACCUCGUCGGCUCCUUUGCUUCCAAUCGUUCCGCCGCUACUCUCUGGGUUUACAACAAUGUGCUUCCGUUUCAUCCUCGUGCUCGUAUUUCGCUCAUCUCCGUGGGUUCCGACGUCGUCACUUCCCCUUCUUCUGGCGGUUCCGACCCUUCCGUCGCCGUAGUCCCCGCCAUGCGGAACCUGCACCGCGCACUGAAUGACCUCGGAAUUCGCACCGUCUCAGUUUCCACUACUUUCUCCUUCAUCAACGUGAUUACGACGGCGUUUCCUCCAUCCUCCGCCGAGUUCCAGGAGCCGGUCAGCUCGCUAAUCAUCAGGCCUGUGCUUCAGUUUUUGGAGGAAACUAACUCGUCUCUCCUGGUGAAUGUGUAUCCGUACAAUGUUUAUAGACUCCACGGAGAGAUUCCAGUCGGUUUCGCUCUGUUUCAGGAAGGCCCGUUCAACUUUCGUGAUGACGUUGUUACGGCCGUUCGUUAUCAUAACCUGUUUGAUAUGAUGGUUGAUGCCGUGGUUGCUGCCAUGGCGGUUAGCGGCUACGAGAAUGUUCCGUUAAUUGUGACGGAAACAGGGUGGCCAAGCGAUGGAAGCAACUAUGAGCACGUGAAUAAUGGUGUAAGGAAUGCAGAGGAGAGCCAGCUGUACGCGGAGAUGUAUUUACAGGGGCUGGUUUCGCAUUUGAAAUCUGGACUUGGAACUCCACUCAGAAAGGAAGGAGUUUCUGAGGCUUACAUUUACCAGUUGUUUGAUGAAAGCGAAACGAACGUCCAGAAGAGCAAUUUGAGUAGUGCUCAAGGUGAAAUUACAGGGCAGUACUGGGGAGUGAUGUACACGAACAUGAGCUUGAAGUACAACAUCAAUUUUGACAGUGCUGAUCGGAACUCGAGAAAGCUUGGUGUACUUGUUCCCUCGAUUCAUCUUCUGUGGCUUCUUUCUAGCUUCAUCGGUCUCGUGAAUAGUAGUGGAAAAAGUCUUGCUUAGUUUCUUGAUGUUAAUAAUAGAUUGCAUAAGGAGGGAAACUGAACUGUAAGAAAUAUAAUUUUCCUUGAAAAAAAUCUAUGAUUCUUGCUUAUAUUCUGAUGGUUGUAUACAUAUCAAGGAUACUUGUACACGUCAAGAUUGCUGUUGCAUCUCCUUGCAUUUCAGAUCUUUGUUGGUUUACUAAGGGUUUUCUUCUGAUA